AUGAGUUCUGACACAAAAUCACAGGAGACGCAAAGGGUGAUCGAGAAUGCGACUCCAAAGGACGAGCAACAGUUGUCUAUUCGCGAACAGCAAAACGAGCCCAACGACGCGUCUCUACCGGGCACAGAUAUCAAGCUUGCCAACAAGGUAUACGUCGGCAACUUGCCUGAUGACACGCGCGAGGCAGACCUUCAAGAUUGCUUCAAGGAGUUUGGUGUGAUCAAAUCUAUAGAGCUAAAAACUGGUUAUGGCUUUGUGGCAUUUGAUUCUCGUCAAGCGGCAGAGGAGGCAGCCAAAACUUACAACGGUGGCUCAUUCCUAGGCAAUACCAUUCGCGUUGCACCCGCUCACGGAACCAACAAAACUGGGUCUAAAUCCCUGGUUGAACCUGGGGCGUGCUUCAAGUGCGGUAACCACGGUCAUUGGGCAAGAGAAUGCCCUCACCACCAAGGCGUUAUACCCCCUCGUGACUGGCAUGAUCGCGGCAGAGAUUCUGGCUACGGCGAUCGACGGGAGUCAGAUAGAUACCAGCGAGGCAGUUCCAUGCAUGAUACUCGUGACUAUAAUCGUGUAGCGACUACACCUCGACUGGAAGAUGGAUAUGGUCCUGGGAGAGACUCGGGGCAACGAGGUUUCCGACGCUACUCGAGCGCGCAAGACACUGGGACGAUUCGGGAUUAUCCCUCACAAUAUGAUUAUGACGAUAGGAGGCCUUCUGGUACCCAGGGUUCGUAUGUUGCACCACGCCAGCAUGUGGAACCGCCAUCCCGUGGCGUGCUUUAUCAAGACAGGGGGUAUGAGAGAACCUACGGGGACUCACCUUCGUAUGACUCGAGGGCAUAUUCAUACCCGAACCAGCCUUCUCGUACGGGGGUUAGCUCCAGAUAUGAUCCUCAGCCACCAGAGCUAUUUCCUUCUUCCCAGAGCUAUUCUCACUACCCGCCAACAAAGGAUCAGGCCUUUGAGCGUUCGCCGGUCAGGCGCGGUCGGGUAGGCGACUACAAUGAUGGAGGGCGUCCAUACAACCGGAGGAGGUCCGCGUCGCCUUCAGCAGUGUACCGUGAACCUACGGGCUCUCGCAGCUCGCAGAACGUCGGAUAUCAGAGACCGUCCGGGUAUACACCUGGUCCUGGGAGAUUUCCUCCAGAUUAUUCUACGGUUGAUGAACGUUCGCGAGCUCCUGUCCCUCCUGCGGACCGUUAUCGUGAUAGGCCUUACCGCCCGUAUACAUAA